AUGACAUCCUGGUACUCCAACAUCCUCACAAAAACAACCUCCCAAAUCUCCUCCCUGCGCUCCACGCUCCUCGCCUCCGAGGCAGACGGCGACACCGAAGACGACACGCACGUUUGCCGCGUCCUGCGAAACUACUACACCGACAAAGGGCGUCCUCUGCCAGGGUGGCUGCCUCCCGAUCCGAAAGCGCCCGUCCAGCCGGUCCAGCAGCCGCUCUAUGUACAGCCGCAGGUCGGCUCGCGGUACGGCGGACUACAGGGAAAUACGGGCGGCGGGUUCAGCAGUCUGUGGGAUUCAGGGCCGCAGCAGCAACAGCCACAACAACAGCAGAGUCUACGACAGGGACGGGGCGGCGGAGGGAGGGAGGAGGUCAUGGCUAGGCCGUUGCCGAGUCAGCGCGCGGGCAGUUAUCAGGGGACGGGGCAGGCUGGCGCGGGGGGUGCAGGUUCAGCACAGGAUCGGUUGAAGCAGAGACUUUGGGGGGCGGGGAGACAGAGUCCUGGACAGGCGGGGGGACAGUUCCAGCCGCCUGGGAAUGGGGGCAAUGAUGAUAAGUUUGCGCCGGGGGGGCCCUAUUCACAGGAUGGGAGGGGGAGAGGGAGGAUGGGCUUGCCGAGUGGUCCUAGGGGGUAUAGAUAG